AUGGCCUUGAUGCGCCAGACCUGGACCCUGACAAAGAAGAACCUUCUCAUCCUUCUUGUGCGCCAUGGUUUCUUCACCACAAUACGCGCCUUCCUGGCGCCGAUAAUCUUCAUGUUCAUUCUAGCCUACGUCCGGAACUUCUUUGUGCCCCCGAGUACCUUUGGAAUAGGCUCCCCUUCGCCCAUACGAUCUCUCGAAGAUGCCCUCCGGGCUUCGACCGGAAACCACAACAAGGUUGUCUUUGUGAACAAUGGGCAUACAGGCGGUGAUAUCGAGGCUGUGAUCAAUACAGUCGCGGCGAGGGUGGAGACUGCCGGCAAAAAUGUCGAGAUCGUCCGAGAUGAUAUCGACUUGCUCACGAGCUGCGCCAGCACCCUGCGUGGCUCAUCCACCUGCUUCGGCGCCGCCUCCUUUCACUCCUCCCCGACUGAGGGCCCGUCGGGCGUCUGGAACUACACGCUCAGGUCAGAUGGGGUCUUCGGUGAGAGGAUAUUUGUUGACAGGACAACCAACGAUGUCGAGAUCUACGCGCUACCCUUCCAACGGGCUAUCGACUCGGCCAUUGGCUCCGCGAAUGCCUCAUCUGCAAGCCUGGGAUCGGCCUCCAUCGAGGAGUACCCCUACACCGACACGACCGCCGCCGAAAGAGAUGCCCUCAUUCGCAGGCUCUACAUGGGUGCGCUGAUCAGUAUUCUGGCCGUGGCUCUUUUCCUUGCCAUGUCCAAUGUCACCUACCAACUGACGGGACUCAUGGCAUCCGAACGCGAACUAGGCAUUUCGCAGUUGAUCGAGGCCAUGACCCCUGCCAAGCGGCCGUGGCACAUCCAGGCGGCCCGGUUGCUUUCCAACCACCUGGCCUUCGACAUCAUCCAUCUUCCGGGUUGGAUCAUCAUGGGGGCGAUCCUCAGGGGCCUUGCGUUCAUCCAUACCAGCUGGGCCAUUAUGAUCAUCUACCACGUUCUCUCGGGUCUCGCGCUCUCCAGCUAUUCCAUCCUGGGUGCCAGCUUCUUCAGCAAGGCCCAGCUCUCUGGAAUCACCGUCACCAUAGUAGCUGUCAUUCUUGCCGUCAUCGCACAGGUUGCAGGGCCAUUCGGCACCGGCGGUACAGCUAUCCUCAGUCUGCUGUUCCCUUCUAGCAACUACGUUCUUUUUCUCAUACACAUGGCUCGGUUCGAGCAAAAGGCUCGCGCCGCAGACCUCAUACGUCGGGCGCCUACCGGCCUGUCCACUUUGCCCGGGAUUGUCUUCUGGGUAUUUCUGAUUGUGCAGAUUAUCGUGUUCCCGCUGCUAGGCGCCCUCGUUGAGAGGUGGCUGUAUGGCACCAUAUCUCGAGAAAGAAAGACUACCACAUCCUCACCCGAUCACGCAAUCGUUCUGUCAAACUUUACCAAGCACUGGACCCCAAGCUGGCUCCGCAGAAAUGUACUCAGUAAGAUCGGCCUUGCUGUGCCCGAGACAGUGUAUGCCGUCAAUGACUUCAGCAUCAAGGCUCGCCGAGGACAGAUUCUGGUCCUGCUGGGAGCCAACGGAAGUGGGAAAAGUACAACCUUGGACGCCAUUUCCGGCCUCAACACCAUCACAAGCGGCUCCAUCGAAAUCGAUGGGACAGGCGGCCUGGGGUUGUGCCCGCAGAAAAACGUGCUCUGGGACGAGCUCACCGUAUUUGAGCACGUCAAGAUCUUCAAUCAGCUGAAGUCAGCUGGCACGAGGGACAACAAGAGCCAGAUCGAGAAUCUGAUUCGGUCUUGCGAUCUCGGCCACAAGGUGAAGGCCCAGUCCGUGACCUUGUCGGGCGGCCAAAAAAGAAAGCUCCAGUUAGCAAUGAUGUUUACGGGCGGAAGUCGCGUUUGCUGUGUUGACGAAAUGUCGUCCGGCCUCGAUCCACUGUCAAGAAGGAAGAUCUGGGAUAUUCUUCUCGCUGAGCGCGGGGAACGAACCUUCUUGUUGACGACCCACUUCCUGGAUGAGGCAGAUGUCCUUUCUGACUUUGUUGCCAUUCUGUCUCGGGGCAACCUAAGGGCAAAAGGAACGGCAGUGCAGCUCAAGCAUGAGGUCGGUGUCGGCUAUCGCAUAUCUGUUCCAAAGCAGGAGGAUUUUGUUUCUGCAGAAAAGGUCACACGCCAUGAAAUGGACGACAGGCACAUUUUCUGGCUUCCUGAUUCUUCUGCUGCAUCGAAAUUCAUCAGUAAUCUGCGCUCAUCUGGCGUCAAGGAUUACGAUAUCAUCGGUCCAACAUUAGAGGACGUCUUCCUCAAACUGGCGGAGGAAAUGGGAGACCACCAGCUUGGAAACGAUGCACCGCUUGCACUCAGACCGGGGAGUACACCAGACACCCUGGAAAAGCCCCCAAAAUCAGACUCGUCGUCUGGGGAGGAGCCUGGCGUCCAAAUGUCUGCUGGGCGGGGGACGGGAAUAGCGAAGCAGACCAUGAUCCUGGUUCGCAAACGAUUCACAGUCCUCAAGCGGAACUAUUUUCCCUACCUGGCCGCUGUGCUGCUCCCGGUCAUCACAGCUGGGCUGGUCACCUUGUUUUUGGAAGGCUUCUCAGCCAUCGGGUGUGACCCAGGGGCUCAAUCCAACACUCCCGAUGUCGCUGACCUUGGUUCCAUCGACAUCACCCCUCUCAUACCGAUUGGCCCUUCCAGCCUGAUAACGAUGGACACUUUAACGAACCGGACGGGCCUCAACGCCAGCUCAUUCCACCUCGUUGAUACCCUCGACGAGUUCAACGACUACGUGUCGAACAACUUCCACAAUGUGACCCCCGGAGGCUUCUUCCUCCAGCCCACCCAGGACCCUGUGGCUGUCAUGGCUUACGUUGGCAACGGAGCCGUGAUCUAUGGUAUGCUCACGCUGAAUGCCAUCAGCAAUGUUCUUGAGCAGACCAGCAUCACGACGUCGUACCAGCCUUUUGCGGUCCCGUUUGCCCCAGGCGCCGGGAAGACACUGCAGCUGAUCUUGUACUUUGGCCUGGCCAUGUCGGUGUACCCAGCUUUCUUUGCACUCUACCCGUGUAUGGAACGACUCAGGAAAGUGAGAGCAUUGCAUUACAGCAACGGCAUUAGGGCUGCACCUCUGUGGCUGGCGUAUCUGAUCUUCGACUUCCUGUUCGUGCUGAUUGUCAGUGCCGUGGUGACUGGCAUCUUUGUAGGGGCAUCCGGGAUAUGGUAUGCACCAGGCUAUCUGUUCGUGGUGUUCUUCCUCUACGGCCUUACCUCUAUACUGCUCUGCUACGUCGUCUCGCUCUUUACGAGCUCUCAGUUGGCCUGUUUUGCUACUGCUGCCGGAGGCCAGGCAGUCUUCUUCCUCCUGUACUUCAUCAUGUACAUGUCCAUUCUCACUUAUUCGCCUGCCUUCCGCGUCAAUUCCGACCUCACCAUCGCUCACUUUGCGUAUGCAACUAUCUCACCCGCAGGCAACUUGCUGAGGUCACUGCUCCUUACCCUCAAUGAGUUCUCGCUUCUCUGCCGCGAUCAGACCGGUGACCCCACGAUUGCUUCCUACCCCGGAGCUCUUACUGUCUACGGUGGACCGAUAGUCUACCUGAUCAUUCAAGCACUGUUCCUCUUUCUUGUACUCGUCUGGUGGGACAGUGGGUACAAACCUACCUUUCUCACCACUCUGAGCCGCCGCCUGCGUCACCGCAAGUCCCCGGUGAAGGAUACAGACACCGAAGACGACGCUGCUAUUUCAACACCCGUGUCAUCGUCCAUAACUGACCCUGCCGUCGCAACCGAGAUCAAGCGCAUCGAUGCACAGUCCCCACCUGACACCGACAGCCUGCGCGUGCAGCACCUGCACAAGCUCUUUGGCCGCACUAAUCACGCGGUUCAGGACGUCACGUUCGGCGUGCCGCGCGGGCAGGUCUUUGCGCUGCUUGGCCCCAACGGAGCAGGCAAGUCGACAACUAUUUCGUUGGUACGGGGCGAUGUCCGGCCAUCUCGUGGCAUCGGCGGCAGCCCCUUUGGCGACGUGUUCAUCGAGAAUCUCUCCAUUUCCGCGCACCGUGCGUCGGCCAGGCAGAACCUCGGGGUGUGCCCGCAAUUCGACGCGAUGGACAGCAUGACAGUCCGCGAGCACCUGCGCUUCUACGCCAGUGCGAGGGGUGUGGCCGACGUCGAUGCCAAUGUGGCGGCGGUCCUGGCGGCCACGAACCUCGUGAGAUUCGCGGACAGGCUGGCGCAGAAGCUGAGCGGCGGCAACAAGCGCAAGCUGAGCCUGGGUAUCGCGCUGAUGGGCAACCCGGCCGUCCUGCUCCUCGACGAGCCCAGUUCCGGCAUGGACGCGGCCGCGAAAAGAAUUAUGUGGCGCACCUUGCUCGGCGUUGCCGCGCCGGGGCGCGCGCUUCUGAUCACCACUCACUCGAUGGAGGAGGCGGACCGGCUGGCUACCAGGGUGGGAAUCAUGAAGAGGAGGAUGCUGGCCCUCGGGACUGGCAAGGAGCUGGGUGAGAGGUGGGGCGAGGGUUGCGUGGUCCAGGUCGUGUUGAAGUCUGCACCCGAGACCACCGAGGCCGAGAUGAACCGGGUCAAGAGCUGGAUCGCCGAGAGGGUCGGCGGUGUCGAGUUUGAAGAAUGGGGUGCGAAAGGGGGCGGACAUGGGCUUCUCAGGUUCAGGGUGAAGAAGGACGGGGUGGUCGAGGAGGAGAAAAAGGGUGCCGAAAAGGCUAGUGGGAUCAUCAUCAACGAAGGAUCUGAGGGAACCGACAAGGAGAAAUGGGCUGGUGGCCGGGGGUCAGCCGUCGCGCAGGGCCUGGACACCCCCGGGCUGAUCGAGCUAUUCGAGGCACACAAGGAUGAGCUGGGUGUGGAGUACUACAGCGUCAGCCCGACGACGCUUGAUGAGGUGUUUCUGCGGGUUGUCGGAAGGGAAGAGGAGGAUGGUCCCGGCACGACAGCAAAGGAACCGCUGUGGAGGCGAUAUUUUUCUGGGAGCAAACUAUCUAGAUAUUGUAAUUCUUUUCGGUCGAGCUCGGCCACUUGCACUGGGCUUUUCCAUUGGGUGCCCCCCGUAUGGGUGAGCUGGGCACACAGCGCUAGCUACCGGGACAACGAGAUUCGCAGCAUCUAUACCUACCUAGGUAUUAAAGACCCUCGCCCGCCGUGGUUUUCAAUUGCUGCCUUGGCUCGCUUCUCCCCGCAUCGGAGCAGAAGCGACCAUCAACAAGAGAUGGCUGCCACAAACGACGACCAACAGGACCUUUGGUUCCUCAAGUCCUCCUUUCCAGUCUUCCUGCCAUCCAACCCAGCUCUCCACUGCUCGCAAGACGAAUUCGAUGCCCUCGUCAAGCAGGAUGUGAAGCGCCACAAUGCUCACAAUGCUCACAAUGCUGCGGGCGACGCUGAAGCACACCCCGCAGGCGACGACACAGCCACGGCAGCUGAGUCCGAGCCUGUCCUCGUGUCUGAUGCCUCGACUACUGCUGAACUGAGAGUUAAUCUCGGCGCCAUAUCUAUCAGCAACGAUGAGGACGCUUCCAUGGCCAAACCAGGAACGCCCCGCGCAGGGGCCCAGAAACCCGCCAGCGCCAGCGCCAGCGCCCACCCAUUCAUGCAUGGCCUACACUCCCAGCAGGAAAACCUCGACACGGGCGGACCAAGGAGAAACAUGGAGAACAAGAUGCUCACAGAAAACUCUGAUGUCGCCCAACGCUCCACCAGGGACAGCCUCGUCGACUUGUUCACCGAGCUCGAGGACGUCAUCUCCGGCCCUAGGCUUCUGGACCUGCUCGACCGUGCAUGGCGUUACGACCCCGUCACAAGUCUGAAGAUCAUAUUCAAUGCAAGAUCCAUUCAUCUGGGCAAGGCUUCCCGUCAGACCUUCUAUCGCUGUGCCGGCUGGCUCGUCAAGUUCCACCCCCUGACCCUCAUUGCUAACCUUCCGUGGCUGAGCCGUCCGGUCAUCCAGAAGAAGGCGGAGCAAAAGGACGACGAAAAGAAGGUCGAUGAAGCCGAGAUGGUGUUUGUAGAGAAGCAGGUGGACGAUGGAGACCCUGCCCGUUUCGACGUUAGGAAUGGUGUUGCCCACGGAUACUGGAAGGAUCUUCUUAACAUCCUCGCCUUGUAUGUCAACGACAAGCUCGACGUCCUCGCCAACCCACGCGACAUUCUCAACAUAGAGCGCCAGAAGUCGAGAAAGAACUGGCCGAAAGAUCAAGAGACAGCCAGGGCGAUGCGGCACGAAAAGAGAGACAACCGCCAUGACGCCGCCCUCCAGGAGGAUCUGGCACUCCUCCGUAGCGAUGACCCAAAGGCAAAGAGGAGCGUGUCGCUUUGUGCCAAGUGGGCGCCAUCCAACUCUCGCUUCCACGACAAGCACACUUUUGUCGUCACGUCAAUUGCCGAGAUCAUGCACCCACUCUCCACCUACAAAGGCUUCGCCGAGUACAACGAAUCCAACCGAGACCAGCGCGAGUUCUAUCUCAGGCACGCUCGAGAGUCCUACCGCAAGGAUGUGGCGGCACUCCGCAAGCACCUUGAAUGCGUUGAGCGGGACAUCAGUGCCAAGACCUUUGAGAACAUCAAGUACGAGAGACUUCCCUCUGUUGCCAUAAAUAAUUACGCUCCACUGUUCGCUGAGAAGGAUACCGGUCGCUUCGGGGAGUACAUAGACAAAGUCGCCAUCGGCAAGGCUCAGAUUUCCGGCGCAGCCCUUCUCCCCAGCACACUUAUCAAGGCCGUGCGAAAGGGCCCACACUCGGGCAGCUCCAAUAGCCACGAGGUGGUGGGUGGCAAGCGCAAGAAAAAGGGAACCAAGGCCUUUGUCGACGCAAAAAUGGAGCAGCUUGCGGCCAAGAGCCUAGAUGGCCAGUGGAAGUCCCUCGUCAAGCGUAUCAAAGACUCAGGUUCGCUGGAGAACUGCAUCGCCGUGGCUGAUGUCUCUGGGUCGAUGGAAACCCCUGUAUUUCCUGACGGCACCACUCCCUUGGACACGUCAAUCGGUCUGAGCCUGCUCGUCGCUGAGGUGACCAGACCCCCUUUCGGGGGCACGUUCAUCACCUUCAGCACAGACCCGCGGGUGCAGAAAAUCGAUCUUACAAAGGGCUUGCACGAAAAGUAUUUGCAAUUGGCCCGUUCCGAUUGGGAAAUGUCGACCGACUUCGUCGCGGUCUUCGAGCGGCUCAUCCUGCCAAUGGCCACUGAGAACAAGCUCGCACAGAAGGACAUGGUGAAACGCAUCUUUGUCUUCUCUGACAUGCAGUUCAACGCGGCUCUCUCCAGGCGCGAUGGAGAUAGGUGGUCCACCUCUUACGAGCGGAUCCAGAAGAAGUUCCAGGCGGCAGGGUACGAAAUGCCUGAGCUGGUGUUCUGGAACCUCGCAGGCGGCAGGGCUGGAUACCUCUCGGGUCCGACAGGUGGAGACCCCACAGCCCCAAAGGCUGUCACGGCUUCUGAACAGGGCACAGCGCUCGUCAGUGGGUACUCCCAAGGUAUGUUGAAGGUGUUCCUCGACAGCGGCUCUUUCGAGGACAGGGAGGCUGAGGAAGAGCUUGUUGAGAAGAUUGGAGAGGACGGCGAGGUCAUCGUGGAGAAGCGGAAGCGCCAGAAGCUGGACCCGAUCAGUGUCGUCAAGAAGGCCAUCGGUCACCCUGCUUACAACAUGCUGCGUGUGGUCGACUGA